AUGGCCUCGAACGCGCAACCGACCUUCUCCCGCUUCGUGCGUUUCGUCACUCGUGAUGCUCCCAACAAGGUCUUCAUUGGAGAACCGGAGUCGGAGUCAGUUGACGUCGGUGUCGCUCUCCGUGACGGUAAGGAGGUGAAGGCUGUUGUGUGGUCCGGGUCGAGUGUCCUGGAGCCCGGCACCAAGACCGACCAGCGCGUGGUGAUCGACAGGGUCCUGUCACCUCUGUCAGCCGAGGAGGUCGGCACCAUUCGCUGCAUUGGACUCAACUACGUCCAACACGCGAAGGAAGUCGGCGUCGCCCUACCCGAUGUCCCGACUGUGUUCUUGAAGCCUAACACUGCCUUGGGAAACCCUUGGCCGGAGCCAACCAUCCUGCCCCUUCUCACCCAGGUCGAUGACUGCGGUGACUAUGAGUCUGAGCUUGCAGUCGUCAUCGGAAAGACAUGCAAGAACGUUUCCGAGGCGAAUGCUAUGGACUACGUCCUAGGCUACACUGCCUGUAACGAUGUUUCCAGCCGCACGUAUCAGAUGAACCAGUCUCAGUGGUGCUUUGCCAAGGGCUUUGAUGGCUCGUGCCCCUUGGGUCCUACCCUUGUCUCAAAGGAUGUCAUUCAGGACCCUACCAAGCUGAAGAUGCGCGGCCUGAGGAACGGCGAAGUUCUUCAGGAGAGCGGCAUUGAUGAUCUCAUUUUCAGCAUCCCCAAGAUUAUCAGCUUCCUCUCUCAGAGCACUACUCUUCCCGCCGGUACCGUUAUCAUUACCGGAACACCCGCUGGUGUCGGUCUCGGUCGUAAGCCCAAGGUGACGUUGAAGGACGGAGAUGAGUUCAGGGUUGAGAUUCUUCCUCACAUUGGAACCUUGAUCAACGUGUUCCAGAAUGAGGGUGUGACGUCUGUUGGACAAUAG